CAACAGAGGGCGUGUUGUAUAAUCUGGGGACAAGUCAAUCACCGUGAGUGUGCGUCCCGGAUUCUCAUCUGCUGCAGGAAGAGGUUUGUUGCAACCCCUGAUCACCUUCCCCGGCAAACAGCAGCCCGAACCAAAUAUCUGCCCAUGGCUGGGUCGUCUUUGAACGCUCUCCGACAGGUCGUCCGGGGUUUGACGGGAGGAACCGGCUUCGAUCGAAUCUUGAAUAAGAUGGCUGUUGUUUCAGCCAGUCCGGGGAAACUCAUCUGUGAAAUGAGAGUGGAAGAGGAACAUGUGAAUCGUGCAGGCAACCUGCAUGGUGGACUGACAGCUACUCUAAUUGAUGUGGUAUCAACGACGGCUUUAAUUAACACGGAACGGGCAUUACCGGGAGUUAGUGUAGACAUGAAUAUAACGUACAUGAAUGCAGCAAAACUGGGAGAGGACAUUAUCAUAACAGCUCAGGUGUUGAAGGAAGGUAAAUCACUUGCCUUUACCACUGUGGACGUGACAAGCAAAGUAACAGGGAGACUCUUGGCUCAAGGACGGCACACCAAGCAUCUCGGCACUUAACAAAGGUUAAGUUCACAGUGAGAGGAGCAGAAUUAGGCCAUUCGGCUUAUCAAGUCUACUCUGCCAUUCAAUCAUGGCUGAUCUAUCUUUCCCUCUUAACCCCAUUCUCCUGCCCCAUAACCCAUGACACCCGUACUGAUUUAGAAUCUAUUUUUGGCUUAAAAAUACCCAUUGACUUGGCUUCCACAGCCUUCAAGGAAUUGCACAGAUUCACCACCCUGACUAAAGAAAUUCCUCCCCAUCUCCUUCCUAAAGGAAUGUCCUUUAAUUCUGAGACUGUGCCCUGUGGUUCUAGACCAGGGGUCGGCAAACUGGUUCUGCUUAGGGGCCAGGACACAUGUCUGUGAGCGGAUGGCGGGCCAGAUCUAUCAUGUGUACAUAUGGAUCCUGCCCUGGAUGGCAGACAACAAAUCACGUGUUAAUAGAAGGUGCGCGGCCGCACGCCAGAUGCGGUACAGCCAGAGCUCGGCGCUCGGCAGGCCAGAUGAUUACAUGGAAAAAAUCUGCCUGCGGGCCGGAUGAUUUCAGGUUACGGGCCGCAUUCGGCCCGGGAGCCGUAGAUUGCCGACCCCUGUCCUAGACUCUCCCACUAGUGGAAACAUCCUCUCCACAUCCAUCCUAUCCAGGCCUUUCACUGCAACAAUGAAACAUUGUUUCAAUGUAAACUAUUUUUGUAUGAUGGAAUUUACUGUAUGUGUGGAAAAUGUAACAAAUUAAAUAAUUUUAUUUCAAAUUUU